UUCGUAGUCCAAAAAACUACCCUCACUAGGUAUAUAUAUAAACUUCGCCGCAUUCAGAUUUGCGACAAACUCAUAGUUUAAUAACCAGAACUGCUACACUCUAUACUGCGGAUAAUAUCUAGAAUCUCUCGAACGUUUUGUAUUGAUUUCUGAUUUUUUUUGGUUCACCGAUUUGGUUUUCAGAGUUAAAAGUACGCGUUUUCCAUUCAAUUUGAUGGUUUGUGGUAGUUUCAUGAUCUACUGGACCGGCAAUCCGCAUUUAGAUCAAAACACCAUAUAGCAUAAAUCUAAACGAGAGAUAUUACGUCAAUGGACCGGCGAGAUCUGAACUGGAAAAAAUAUUGUACUCUACAACAAUUCAAUGCCAAUAUAUCGCAUUAGGGCUUUUUAAUUUUUUGGAUGAAAGAGAACUUAAAGGCCAUGGCUCAACUGCACCAGAGGCAGCAGCAGCAACCAUAUAAUUCCAUACCCACAUCAGCCAACUCUACAUCCAACAUUCCCCAUAGAUCAAUUUCAAUUUUUAAUCCCACAGGCUUAAUCAUUUUGCUUUCACUGGUUGUCAUAUUGGGCGUCUUUUCCCCAUGGAUUGGAUUGCCGGUAUCUUUGUUUACUGGUACUGGGUGGUCGGAGUUAAAAUGGAGGGAGUAUACUCUGGAUCAGGCAGUGCAAACUGUGGCAAAAAAUGGAACUGUUAUAAUCUGUGCUGUUAGCCAGCCUUACCUGCCCUUUCUCAAUAAUUGGUUGAUCAGCAUUACCAAGCAGAAACAUCAAGACCAAGUUCUCAUAAUUGCUGAGGAUUAUGCUACCCUCUACAAGGUGAAUAAAAGAUGGCCUGGGCAUGCUGUACUUAUUCCUCCCGUCCCUGAUCUGCAGACGGCACAUCGCUUUGGAUCCCAGGGCUUCUUCAAUUUCACAUCUCGCAGACCUCGUCACCUGUUGCAAAUACUAGAGCUUGGUUACCAAGUCAUGUAUAAUGAUGUUGACAUGGUCUGGCUUGCAGACCCUUUUUCCUUCUUCAAAGGAGACUAUGAUAUUUAUUUCACCGAUGACAUGACUGCGGUGAAACCGCUCAACCAUUCUAAUAGUUUGCCACCUCCGGGUAAGAAAGGACGUACUUACAUAUGCAGCUGCAUGAUCUUUUUGCGUCCCACAUCUAGAGCAAAACUUGUUAUGAAAAAAUGGAUAGAAGAACUUGAAAUGCAACCCUGGUCACGAACUGCCAAGACAAAUGACCAGCCUGCUUUUAAUUGGGCAUUAAAUAAAACUGCUGACCAGGUGGUUUAUAUUUCAAGAAUGAAACAUGGCGGAAAGAAACAGAAGGAAAACAUGUUAUUAUUCAUAACAAUUACAUUGUAGGCUUUGAUAAGAAAAUCAAGCGGUUUCAUGAUUUUGGUCUUUGGCUAGUGGAUGAACAUGCCAGAGAGUCACCUUUGUCAGAUAUUACAAGGUAACAUUCCACAUGGAAAGAGUUGUAAUAAUUAUAUUGAAAAAAUCAAAUGUCCUUGAAAUAGGAAAUCGAUCAAUUUCUUUGGUCAGCCUUUCAUCCGGAGCUACAAGCAAACAAUGGUUUCCUUUCCAGAUCUCUUCCAAAGGUGAAUCGCUUUUUUCUGUAGUUUUAACAGAAUGAAGGCAACUGGAAUAUUUUAUUUAGUGAGACUACAAACUUUUUGUUUGCUGUUUAUCUUUCUCGUAAGAGGGUGAUAAGAGCGACAAUACAUCUUGCAUAAAGGUUUGUGUUCAAAACCUUUGGACAGGGCUGUUUUUGUUUGGAUUGCAAGGAAGAGUAAUCUUAAGAAGUUAUUUUGCAGGCGUCA